ACACAGACAAACGGACGUCAGCAAUGUGUUUUGGCGGUCAGAACGAGAGGACCGAUGAUCCUCCACCCAGGCCGGUGCAGAACCUAGAUGGGAGGCCAGAUGGGAAAACGAGUCGGUAUAGUGCGCCGCCGAAUGCAUUGGCUGGCGGGCCUUCGGGAUAUCAGAGCCAGGGCCAACCACAGUAUCAGCAGCAAUAUCAGCAACAACAACAUCAAUAUGAGGAAUUCGCUCCUCCUCCAGGCCCGCCUCCUGGGAAACGACAACAGGAAGAAUAUGCGCCGCCUGCUGGACCGCCUCCAGGGCGUCAGCAGCAGCAGCAGCAGCAGCAGCAGCAUAGUGAUUAUGCUCCUCCACCAGGGCCACCGCCUUCGCAUCAGCACAACGACUAUGCUCCUCCUCCUGGACCGCCUCCAUCUCAUCAGCAUAAUGACUAUGCCCCUCCUCCGGGGCCUCCUCCUUCUCAUCAGCAGGGAGAUUAUGCGCCGCCUCCAGGACCGCCACCGUCUGCUGCGAAGGGCGACUGGAUUGCACCUCCAUCAGAUCCCUUUGCUUCCCAGUCUAGCGCGGCACACGACUGGCAGGCCGCCGUCCCGGAUACUUCUCUGUUCCCGCCGCCUCCCCCGUUGUUCAGCGGCCAUGACGCGUCAUAUGCCAACAACGCGACUGAGGCAGAGGCAGAGGCUGGUGAGGCGUGGUGCCGACAGUAUCCGCUGUCCACGCCGCCCAUGACGCUCGAUCAGCCGGGCAAGCAUGCUCUGCAGUCCAACAAUAUCCGGCUCAUGGAACCAUCGGACUUUCGUGGCACCUUGAAAUGGAUUGCGCCGGGCCACUGGGAGGGUAACACGGUCAAGGACAGCCCCGACCGCUGCAUCAUCGGCUAUCCUCCUCUCUAUGUAGUUAAUGAGCACGACCCGUCUAUUACGAAUCAGCCAAAGACCAUUUACUACGAGGUAAAGAUUAAAAGGGACAGCCGCACCAUCAAUCUGGCUUUGGGAUUCACUGCCCUUCCCUACCCGUCUUUCCGCCUUCCUGGAUGGCAUCGUGGCAGUCUGGCUGUCCAUGGAGAUGACGGCCACAAGUACAUCAACGACCGCUGGGGAGGCAAAGACUUUACGCAUGAGUAUCGCAAAGGUGAGACGUACGGCAUUGGCAUGACGUUUACCCCGACGGGCACGCACCACCCUCGUGUCGAUAUUUUCUUUACGAGAAACGGCCAGCGGUCUGGCGGGUGGCAUCUCCACGAGGAGACGGACGCGGAGCAGGAUUUACCGGUGACGGGACUGGAGGGGUUUCACGACUUGAGCUGCGCAAUUGGAGCGUUUGAUGCGACGAGCUUUGAGGUUGUGUUUGACCCGGCCAAGUGGCUGUACAAGGAGGCUAAAUUUGACCUCUGAGGCUGUGGUUGGAUGAUGUCUGGGGUUGUGAUGCUGGAUGGGUUGGGAUAGACGUAUUAUGAGACUGGUAAUGGUGGGACUGUGGUAAUGACUAUUGGGGACUGCUAUAGGGAUAGAUGAAUUCGUGAUGAUGGCUGAGGAUUUGAUCAGCUCUUAAUACAGCUCUUGAUAGAUGCAUGGAUGUUAUGGAAAUUAUUUGGUAG